AUUCUCCAGGGCAGCUCUGUGGAUUGGGACCACCUCCUUCAUGAUUCUAGUUCUUCCCGUCGUCUUUGAAACUGAGAAACUGCAGAUGGAUAACAGGCUGGCGGCAAACUCCAGCAAACGCAACCCAGCCUUCGCUGGGCUGAAAUGCGCGAUCCUCCUCGGACCCAACACGGGGCUCUCAGGGGGAAUGCCAGGGGCCCUGCCUCCGCUCUCUGGAAAAAUCUAA